CGUCCUUUAAAGCCGCCGCCAGCCAGCGCCGCUGUAACCCCGCUCACCACCGGGUCGCUGGCUCCGGGGGGCCCCUUCAAUCUGCGCCGACGCGGCGGCCAGAUCCCGGGGACUCCCCGAGUCGGGAAUCUCCCGCCAGCUGCGCGCUGCGUCCUGGCGACGGCAGGAGCACGUGGAGCGGCAGGGCAGCCAGAGCGGCGGCUCCAGACCUGCGGAGCCCGGCGGCGACAUGGAAGAUAUACAACCAAACGUUGAACUGAAAAGCACUCAGGAGCAGCCUGUGUCUGCAGAAAGUCCAACAGUUUUGAGUGACUACAAUUUAACCAAACCUCAUGAAAUAGAAAAUGUGGACAGUGUAGAAGCCCCAGCCAAUGAAGACGAAGAUACAGGAGACGAUUCUAUGAAAGUGAAAGAUGAAUACAGUGAAAGAGAUGAGAAUGUUUUAAAGCCAGAGCCCUUGGGAAACGCAGAAGAGCCUGAAAUUCCUUACAAUUAUGCAAGAGAAUAUAAUGAAUAUGAAAAUAUUAAGCUGGAAAGACAUGUUGUGUCAUAUGAUAGUGGCAGGCCAACCAGUGGAAAGAUGAACUGCGAUGUGUGUGGAUUGUCCUGCAUUAGCUUCAAUGUCUUAAUGGUUCAUAAGCGGAGCCAUACUGGUGAACGCCCGUUCCAGUGUAAUCAGUGUGGGGCAUCUUUUACUCAGAAAGGUAACCUCCUCCGCCACAUUAAACUGCACACAGGGGAAAAACCUUUUAAGUGUCACCUCUGCAACUACGCAUGCCAAAGAAGAGAUGCGCUCACAGGGCAUCUUAGGACACAUUCUGUGGAGAAACCCUACAAAUGUGAGUUUUGUGGUAGAAGUUACAAGCAGAGAAGUUCCCUCGAGGAGCACAAGGAGCGCUGCCGUACAUUUCUUCAGAGCUCUGACCUGGGUGACACUGCAAGUGCGGAGGCAAGACACAUCAAAGCAGAGAUGGGAAGUGAAAGAGCUCUCGUUCUGGACAGAUUAGCAAGCAAUGUGGCAAAACGAAAAAGCUCAAUGCCUCAGAAAUUCAUUGGCGAGAAGCGCCACUGUUUUGACGUCAAUUAUAAUUCCAGCUACAUGUAUGAGAAGGAGAAUGAAAUGAUACAGACCCGGAUGAUGGACCAAGCGAUCAACAAUGCCAUCAGCUAUCUUGGGGCUGAAGCCCUGCGCCCCUUAGUCCAGACACCACCCGCCCCCACCUCUGAGAUGGUUCCAGUUAUCAGCAGCAUGUACCCCAUAGCCCUUACCCGGGCCGAGAUGCCAAAUGGUGCCCCCCAAGAGCUGGAAAAGAAGAACAUCCACCUGCCAGAGAAGAGCCUGCCCUCUGAAAGAGGCCUCUCCCCCAACAAUAGUGGCCACGACUCCACGGACACUGACAGCAACCAUGAGGAACGCCAAAAUCACAUCUAUCAACAAAAUCACAUGGUCCUUCCCCGGACCCGCAAUGGGAUGCCACUGCUGAAGGAGGUCCCCCACUCUUAUGAACUCCUCAAGCCCCCUCCCAUCUGCCCAAGAGACUCCAUCAAAGUGAUCAACAAAGAAGGGGAGGUGAUGGAUGUGUUUCGGUGUGAUCACUGCCGUGUCCUCUUCCUGGAUUAUGUAAUGUUCACCAUUCACAUGGGUUGCCAUGGCUUCCGUGACCCUUUUGAGUGUAACAUGUGUGGAUAUCGAAGCCAUGAUCGAUACGAGUUCUCAUCUCAUAUAGCCAGAGGAGAACACAGAGCCAUGUUAAAAUGAACAUCAAUCUCAGAGAUUGUGCUAAGGAUUCAACCUCAUUUUUAAAAACUGGUGACUACCUUAACAGAUUGCUCUCAAAUUCACACUCCUUUCCACGCCAUUUUUAGUAGGGUCAUGUUCACAUGGAUAGUCAGAAAAACACUGUUUUCAUUAAGACAUUGUCUGCAGAUCUUCUUGUUACUUCUGUGAAACCUUUGUUUUACCAUCAGUUGAAUUUUUAUGGAAUUUAAAAGCGAAAAAAGUAACUUGUCAUUAUAUUUUGCAGCAAUAAAACAGGCCAGCCAUUGAAAUCUGUUGCCAGUAGGAACAGUCCCCCAGUUGUGCUGCAUGAGAUUCUUUCUGAGAUACAUCAGUCAUAUGCGGAAAAGCCUUUUGGUCCUAUGCCUAAGUCCGUGAAGAGGAAGAACUGACCAGCUGGCCUUGCCGUUUUGCUCUUAACACAAGAUUGAAGGGUUAGUAUAUAAUCUUCCCAUCUCAAGUGAUAAUCCAAGAGUAAGUAAAAGAACCAUUACCAGUAACUGAAGACCCUGUUCUCAGAGCAUCAGAUGCACUUCCUAUCACACAAGCAAAUCAUCAUUUGUUGACACUUUUGCUUCUUCCCUUUCCCCUUUCAUCACUAGUGAAAAGCUGAGCCACUUUGGUCUAAUCCAGUUGUCUACAGGAGAAAUUCUAUACCAGAAGAACUGAUGGUUUUAAAUAUAAUCAUCAUUUAAACUCCAGAAGGUUGUCCACUGAGGACGAUGGCAUCUAUUUCCAUUGAUCAAGAUUGGGACCAGCAGGGUCUGAAGUAGAAAUGGUUUAGCAGCACCAACAGGGGAAAAGAACCCAGCAGCUACUAAAAGUUCAUGUCUCCUUCAUGGAGUAUUGGAGGACAAACCCAAAGCAAACUUGAAAAUGAUUUUUUUUUCACACACACAAAAAACAAAGGAUCCAAAACAUAAGGCUUAGCCUCCUCCUCCCCUCAGGAGGGGAGGCAGGGAUGGAUACCAUGUUGGUUGUUUAGAUCAGAGCUGAGCUUGGAAGAUGGGGUGAGGAGGGUGCACCUCCCCUGACAGGUUCUCUUUGAUUAGGCCAGUGUGGGCUCUUUUCUCCUUUUUAAAUGGAGCAGCUGGCAUUCCAUGAAAAUUCCUAAAAGUCUGAUCUAGCUUCUCCAGAUGUAUCAGUCAUCUUUGUCAUGAUUACCGAGCAUCCAGCUAUCAAAGAGAAGUGCUGUGAUAAUUUCUAAAACCAGCACUGGAAUAGAGAACACAAAACCUGUUUGCUAAUCCUGUGUUUGCCCCUACUUAGUUUGUGACUUUGAACAAAUCAUUUAACUUUUAAAACUAAGUUUCCUCAACCAUAAAAUGAGUUGGAUUUAGACCUUCUUGAUGGUCCCUUCCAGCUUAAUUUAUACGUUAUUAUGCAGUAACCACAACUUAUUAUUUAAACUUAUUAAUGUAUGGGUAUUAAGCAGAAGAGUCUGUACAUGAAAAUGUGUUUCACAUUUCUUGGGUGUGAAAAUGUUAGUGUGUUAACUUUUCCUUUAACCACCAAGUUGUGAAUGUUAACAAAAUGGUGAGGAGAAACAAAAAACAGGAAGGUAUUUUGAUCUUGCCCAAAGUAUAUACACAAAUUGGCACCUGCAGCUUCUUGCCAAAGCCUUUUUUUUUUUUCUUUCUGUCUUUUUUUUUUUUUUUUUUAAUUCCUUUUUCUUUUUUAAGAACUUGUGUUAGGGAAAAUAAAUUCUGCUUCCAGGGACAACUUCAUGGAGCCUAUUUACAAAUUAAGAGCCAGCUUUAUGAACAUUUCUACCAGAGCCAAGAAUUCCGAAUUCCUGGUAGAUUAGUGUUUUAAUUUCUAAAGGGCUUAUGCAUUCAGCUCUAACUCAACUCAUUUAUGUGCUGCCAGUAAUUAAAAUGUUCCACCUCAGACUGCACAAAUGGCUUAUCCUUCUUUGUAGCAUGGCGUCUGUCUCAGAGAAAAAAAAGGGGGAGGGGGUCAUGAAAUUCCAUGGCAACAGUCCCAAUAUGUUUGAGCUUUCAGCUAAAGGGCUAGUUGUAUUUUGGUGUGUAGUCUUCAGUACAUCACUGUAUUUCUGCAAUACUCAACUCUGAGCUCUGCCAGAUCGCAUACACUCAUUGUGAUAGAGGAGCUGCUUAUUAUAUGCUUGAAAUAUCACACAUUCUGUUGACUCUUUGGGGGACAAGAGAAUUGGGAAGCAGGGACUAGGAGGAGAGAAAGCUGGGGAAGGAGAGAAUUCCCACCAGAUGACUGUUCAAUUCUGCUGAAGAGACAACUUUUGCAUCUCAGGAUGGUAAACUAAGGCCCAUUCUACCAACCCGGGGUCUCUUUAUGGGUCCGACCCUCCUUUGUCCUGUGACUAACAGACUUGCUGAAUGACUUGCAUUCUUCCGAGGUCUGUUUUCUGAGUAGGGCAAUACUCAGAAAGCCUGCACCUUCAAUGUAGUAUUCUGAGCCUCAGUGGGUGCCCAUCAACUCCAGAGAAAAUGUGUAUGUGGAGUUGCAUGUUCUUAAGUCCUGCAGGUGAAACCAGUGGUACUCAGUGGUAACCACCACACACGGAAACACUUCCUUCUGCACAACCACUCCUUGUACUAACACCACCCUUGCUGGGGUGGAGACUGAGGGGAGAUGCCUGGAGAGAAAUCAGGAUUGCUUCCACCACUGUUGUGCAGUGAAGUCCUGGGGCAGUUCAGGAAGCACAUUGGCUUUCUCAAGCAGAGGUCCUGAGCAUGAGCUGGGUCUCUCUCCUUCCUUUCCUACCAGCCUCCUAUAGGCAGGCUCCCACCACACACCAAGGAGGCCACAAUCUGGAGACCAACCAAACUCACAAAAAGCUCCCUUUGUAGCCAAGGCACAGAGCUGGGGUAAGGAUAGAAAAAGAAUAGACUCAGCUCUCUAAAUGCUAACACAAUUUGAAGUAUUGCAUAGGCCCUUUAUCCUGGCAGAGAACUAAACAGAAGUGUCUUUCCCAUCACCCUUCACCACCACCACCAGAGAGAGAGAGACAGAGAGAGAGAGGUACUGAUAAAUCCACCCGUCUGUAGCCACCUUAAGUCACUCUUUCAAGAAGACAUUGCAUGGCAUUGAUAAGCCAGCUAAUCUUAGGCUUUGCUACCCAUUCUUAGCUGUUCCUGACUCAGCUUCUGUCUUUGCCAAUGACAAAAUUUCUUACCUUAUAAAUACAGCACUUAACAUUUUUCUAGGCCCAUAUUCACAGGGUCCCAGAAAGAAAAUGAUCUCAGAUUUCUUUUGCAAAGGAGAAUGUUUGGAAACACAAAAUAUUAACUCAGUUGAAACACUGUAUUAUUUACAGUUUCCAAAAUAGCAUCUGUAUGGCUGUUCUCAUUCCCCUCUGCUUUUUUGUCCCCUCUGUUGAAGGUGAGUUAGAAGGUUUCAGGGGAAAAGGAAUUCUUCUGGCCUGGGAUGUAGCACAGUGAUAGACCACUUGCCUAGCAUGUACAAGGCCCUGGGUUCCAUCCCCAGCAUAAAAAUAGAUAAAGCAAGCAGUAUUUCUGAGACAUAUCCCAGGGCAAGUAGUCAGACCAUCAUGACAGUGUUUCUCUGAAGUCCUAACUUUAAACUGCACCCCACUGAGAGAAAGUAUGUGGGUCUCUAGUAGAGGUUUGGAAAUUCAGGGACACUUAAGAUUUGUCAAAGAGCUUGGACAUCUUUGAGGACUCAAAGACUCAGAAUGAGAACUUGUGAGCUCAAGAAAAGAAAGGGGAGUGGUGAAAAUUCUCUCCUUAAAAAAACAGCAUUGAGAGCAGAAAAACAUAAGUACUAUAGAAUAAUAUCUCUCAUCCCUCAAAGAACUGGAAACUAUUUUUAUGUUCAUACAGAAAAUACAGUUCAGGAAAUAUCUGUAGACAUAAGUAGGAUAAGCAGAAUGACUUGGGAUUUAGUGCCUAAAAUAAGGACAAAGACUAGACAUGAAACUAAGGGCUAAACCACUCUAGGAAACAGACUGUUUUAUAAUGCAACAAGACUGAAUAGUCCUAUGUAGGAAUGAUGAACCCAGAGUUGAGUACUCCUGACUCUAAGGACUUGGACUCAGAAGAGCCUAGAAGUUCUAUUUCCAGAACUUGUGUGAACUCAUAAAGUAACACAAACUGUAAAUAGUCUAUACCCAGCCAUGCUACCAAUAUGAUAAGCAGGUUUUUGCACUUUGAUGCAAGUUCCCUCCGAAUAUUACAAUAAUGAACUAUCUUAUACAUUGGUAUUGAUCAUGUUGCUAUCUGAAAUUGGAAAUUAAUGUUUUAAUUAAAAAUGUAAGGAUACCACAAUAUCUACCUUCCAAGGAUGUUGUGAGGUUUGAUGUAACUUUUGUCUAUGGGUUAGUGCUACUUUUUUGUUUUGUUUUGUUUGGGGCAGAGGGUUGGGGAUGGGUUAUGUUGGAUGAUUGCAAAUUUUCUGCUAUAUGUACUGAGUCUGGAUUUAGAGACAUGAAAAAUAUCCCAAGACCCUACUAGAGCCAUAAUAGUAAUCCCAUCACAAAUGAAGGCAACUGAUGGGUAACACUGUUUCCUUCACAUUGUUCUAGUGCAUCAGGGUAGAAAACAUGCAGAACCUUGGAACUAGUGUCAGUUAACCACAAGCUACCCAGGGAACUAGAAUAACUUUGCUCCCUUGUUGUCUCUGAGCAUCAACCAUUAGCCCCCAAGUUUUCUGAAAGGAUUCCCACUGUCUAUCUCUCCACUGACCCCACUCCAGGAAUCCUGCCAACCUCGUUCCAAGCCCUUGCAACACAUCCACAGGGCCUGUUUCAUAUUCUGAAAUUUUAAGUGUGGUUUUAUUGCUUUCCCUCCUGAAGAGACUGAGAACACACAUUUUAACAUGUUAGGAAAAUGGGGCAGCCUUAAAAUGACUGAUCCCAUUGCUAGUGACUCAUUUUUAAAAGGACUUUUCCAGGUUAGCAGACAAGGCCCUUCUUGGUGGGCCAGCUUCUGUGGGUUCACAGAAACCAAAGUACUGUGGGUUGCAAAGAAUUAGCAGGUCAUUUAAAAAGUAGACAUGUCUUCACCCAGACUGUGGUUUUGCAUGCUCAGGUUCUCAGUCUAUGAGCUUUGGGGAAGGAUCAUUUUGGCUACUGGAAAAACCAUAGCUUAUUUUAAAUGUCUGGUUGCCAAAGCCACCACACGUGUGGUCUGUGGAUGACCCUUGUCUGCAGAAUGACGAGGGAGGCACAGAGGAGGUUUGGGGCUCAGAGUGGCUUUACCACCAGGAGCAUGACUGGGAGCCCUCGCUUAGCAGUUUCCACUCGGCCUGUGCUCAGAGCCUCUCCCUCCCAUCUUUGCUUCUCAGAAAUGCCCCCUAACCAGUAGUAUCUUUUUUUCCCUCCUCUGGAGUUUUGCUUGGAAUCCUCCAACCAUAUGGAGCACUGUAAAGUGUCCCCUCCUCCAGAAAGAGUGCCAAAGCCUGCUUUGAGCUAGCCAUGCUGACCUCACCAGAACAUGAUGAGCGCAUCCUCGCAUGUGAAACAGCCCUGCUGAUACUGUCAAUGCUUCUUUACCGUGUUCAAUUUUUACACUGAAAAAAAUAAAAAAAA